AGCCACUAUAGAAUUCAUAUUGCAGCCUGCAUGGAAGGAGUUGUGACUUGACUGCGGAUUUGAAUAUACGAUAUUAUGCGCAUGCUAGCCUGAGAUCUUCUUUACCAUGUCUCGCCCAUUUGCGCAACGCUUGCUGCGCAGCGCAGUUUGCCCGUCCGCACCGUUUCUCCUACCUCUGAGAUCUAAUGGUCCUGUGCACGGAGCUUGGGGGUUGGUUGCCUUGUCACCCUCAACACGAAGAUGCAUGGCGUCAAAGUCGAAGAGGAGAAAGUCGAGGUCAAAAUUGUUAGAGAGUGAAUUGGCACAGGAAAAUAAGCUGCAGGGCCAGCUUGAAACGGUUCUUGAUUUUCGAGCAGAAUUACAAUCGUUUUCGCUUCAGCCUGCGAUGGUACUCUAUCCACACGCCAUUAAGACGAAGCUCCUCGAAGGAAAGGACACUCGCGAGCUCGCGCGGCUCGUGCACAACACUUACCGUUCCACAAGAAACCUUAGCAAAGAGCAAAAGGAGGCGCUUGCGGCACAAAUUGAAACUAUUGUCGAGGACCUGAAACAGGAACGACUCCCACAUGAUCCCAUUGCCAGUUUGCACAUUAUCUCAUACUAUAAGGACUCGCAGCAAUUCGAUCAAGGUUUAGAUUUUUGGAAAUGGCUUCUUCAACAAGAUGAGAGUUGCGCCGAUGCGCGUACGUACGGUGCGGCUAUUGAGUUGCUGGCCUACCAAGGUGUGCCGCUGGAAGUACUAGAGGAACUCUACCAGUACGCGUUGAAGCGCUUCCCAGGAGACUAUAGCGAAUAUCACCUUGCUCCGGAUGCCAUACUGGCUGACCGCUCUCAACCCAUUGCCAUGAGCGGCACGCGCAUGUCGCUUCUUCAAGGCAUCCUCACGGCACGUAUCUUGCAUGGCGACUGGCAAGGCGCAUAUCUCGGACUCGAUGUAGCCUUGCGCCUCUACCCGACCCAAGUACCGCAACGAAUUUUCGAGCUAUUCAUCUACGAACGCCCCUUGUCUGAAGCUUACAAGGUCUUCCUUAUGGCUUGUCGCGCCGGUGUUGUUCUCAAGCCCAAUGUUCUCAAUGUCACGCUUGAAGGGCUUGGUCGAGCGGAAGAGUUGGAAACAACUGUCCAAGAGAAACUAUCCAUUAUCAGCGCCAUGCUGAAUGCUGUUCGCGCAUAUGCUGGGGCAGGGGGGGUCCCUGAUGGGGUCCAUCUCGGCGUGAUCGUUCGGAAUCUACUGUCGCUCAUGCCUCCGAAUACAGAAAUGAAUUUUAUCGACGAGGGAGCAGACGCUGUACCCGCCGAAAACGCCGAGAAUUCCGCUACGGAUAUCGACAUCCUCAUCUACGACCUCCUCGGAUCCAUAAUGGAGACCUUUGCCCAAAUGGGCAUCAACCCGACCAUUGCUACAUUCAACAGCAUCAUCUCUAUCGGCGGCGACCUCAAACGCCAAGAACUCAUCGAUCUUGCCAUCAGAGCUCUGCACUCGUCUGAGCUCGAACCCACUGCCGUCACAUACCGCGCUCUUGUCACUGCGGCUGGAGAAUUACAAGACGAGGAAUCAGUCAAAGACGCAUGGGGCUUACUCGAGGAAGCCGCUCUACUCCGCGCCGAAAAGCAGGCGGUUGCUGCUGGGCUGGAUGAAUCGAAUACGCCCCAGCCAAAACUCGACAAACUUGACUGGAAAGUCCUCGCUCGAGCCUGUCGACGUAUCAACGAUGUCGCUUUUGUUAGGGAACAAGUGGAGAAAGGCGUAUUUGUUCUCGACGGGAAUGUGUUGGCUCUCAUUGAGCGAGAACUGGGACGGGAAGAUAAAAAAUCGGCGAAUGAAGCACAGUCGCACGCUUCCCAGUCUCCCCAAGUUUCCCAGGUUUCUCAGACGCAGAGCGACACAAAAGAAAAUGUCACAGACCAGACUUCUUCCGGCGCUCAAGAGACAAUGACUAUCCAGGAAAGAAUCUCCGCAAUCGACACUCAAUUAUCCGAGAUUCACGAAAUCGUCUUGUCUGGCAAGCUUCUCGACGCUUCUAAUAGCCCAUUUAUUCCCAUGAGCCUGGACGAGAACGAAUGCGCCGUCUUCGCACCUGAAUCUGUACUUCCUACACCAAAUGCUCCUGCUAAUGCCAAAUUCGAGGAUUCCAAAAUGAGGGAAAUCUAUGACAAAUUUACUACCGAUAUUCAAUCUCUACAAUACGGCGCUUCUUCUUCUGCAGCUUCAGAAUCCGACUCCUACUGCGAUUCCGCGGAUGCUGAAAACGGAUCAACUGCACAAGGUGAAGAAGAUGCAAAAGUUGAUGAGCCCAAAACUACUGCUGCUUCGCAACAACUUCAGGGCCUUCCUCAAGGACAAAGCCCGAUCCACUUUUCCUCGACAAACUACACACUCGCUGAACUCCGCUACGUCAACUGGGUCAGCAUCAACGAACUCCUCUUUGACGCUCGGCUCAAUGAGAUAGUCAAGCAGACUGCUGUGGAUCAAGCAAUGAAGGAGAGCAAGCCUUUUGAGCGCGGCCGUGAUGCCAAAUGGAGGUGCGGUUUGGGAAUGAGACGGAAGGUUUACCGUGAUGCGGGCGGAGCAGCAAAGGAGGCGGAUUGGGAGAAGUGUAUUGCAGGUCUAAGGAGGUGGAGAAAAGAAUAAAGGGGGAAGAGGUGAGGAAUAGAAGGGUUACAUGUUAUGUGGAUAGUUAAUGGAAAUGGAUGGGAUUUUGUCGUCUUAUUCCCUUUCUCGGGAUGUUGUAUGCCGUGUGGGAAAUCGGUUCAGGAUGAGUGUAUGUUUUCAUUGCAUUGCUCGUGGAACGCAGAUACAAUAAUUCCAAGUCAGAUUGUCACUCUUGGACUUGCAUUUCAAAGAUGCUGUGGUCUCUUAACGCAUCUUAUUCUCCCUUUUCAUAUAGCUAACUAAACUAGAUAAUCGAGCUUGAAUACAAGCGAGGGAC